AUGAGUAUCAAGAUACCGUCAGUAACCUAUGCUGCGGUCGCAGCAGCGGCAACGACACCACCAGCAGGAGCACCGGAGGAGGAGGAAUACUAUUCAUCAUGGUCGCUCUUCCUCGUUUGCAUGCUGCUUAUUCUGUCGCUGUUGACUUCAUAUUAUCUCCAAAUUAAGCGGAUACGCGCUGUGCACGAGACGCUAGUGUCGAUUUUUGCAGGAAUGGUGGUUGGCGCGAUUAUUAGGCUCGCGCCGGGGACGAUGAUCAGGGAGAUGCUGACUUUCAAACAUACAUUAUUCUUCAAUCUGUUACUUCCACCAAUUAUUUUGAACUCGGGAUAUGAGCUCAAGCAGGACAACUUUUUCCGCAACUUUGGGUCAAUUCUUACAUUUGCAUUCCUUGGAACGUUCAUCUCGGCUGUAGGCGUGGGGAUACUCGUAUUCAUAUACUCAUACCUUGGAAUCGACACCGAUAAGCUACCUCUAAUCGAGUGCCUCAUUUUUGGGUCAACGCUGUCCGCGACCGAUCCAGUUACCAUCCUAGCCAUCUUUAAUCAGUACAAGGUCGACCCCAAGUUGUACACUGUCAUCUUUGGAGAGAGCUUGUUGAACGAUGCUGUCAGUAUCGUCAUGUACGAAACGCUGAGUCGGUUUACCGGAACAGAAAUAUUCGUCGGAUCCAUCUUCCAUGGCAUAGGCAUCUUUCUGCUCUCCUUUAGCGUCUCGAUGGCGCUCGGAGUGGCGUUUGGACUGUCGACAUCCUUGAUGCUCAAGCAUUCCUAUCUCCACCUAUAUCCCUCAAUAGAGUCCUGUCUUGUCGCCCUCUGCGCAUACACAUGCUACUUCUUCUCAAACGGGUUACAGUGCUCCGGCAUCGUCUCUCUCCUCUUCUGUGGCAUCACCCUGAAGCACUACGCAUAUCACACAAUGUCACGGCGCACCCAGCGCGCCACCAAAUACAUCUUCUCCACGCUCGCGCGGCUCUCAGAGAACUUUAUCUUUAUCUACCUCGGCAUGUCGCUCUUCACGAGCGCGCCCGUGUCCGAGCCUGUGUUCAGCUACGUCCGGCCAGUGUUCAUCAUCAUCACGACUAUCGCUGUUGUAUUCACGCGCUACGCCGCCGUCUUCCCGCUCUCAGAGGGCAUCAACCUGUUCCACAAGCAUGUGCGCGGACAGCGCCAGGAAGAGCUCCCGCACUCGCACCAGAUGAUGCUGUUCUGGGCCGGCCUGCGUGGUGCGGUCGGUGUCGCGCUCGCUGCGGGAUUCGUCGGCCCUCAUGCGCAGAUGAUGCGCACAACGGUGCUGAUUGUGGUGGUUCUCACUGUGGUCAUAUUUGGCGGUACGACGGCGAGGAUGCUCGAGGUACUAGGGAUUCGGACGGGUGUGGAGGAUGAUGUAGGCGCGAGCAGCGACGAGGACGAGGCGGGUUUGCCGCCUGGGCGCAAUGCGUUUGUUGGCCGCGGAGGAAAUGGCGUCGGUGGUCGAUGGAGUCGAUAUGCGGAGGAGGAUGGUAGUGCGCUCAAUAUGCCCAGCGGGUCGCGAGGUGCAGGAAGGAUUGGAACACACUACGCGUCACGGUUCAAUCACCAAUAUCAAAAUUCGCAACAGCACCAGGGACCGGACAACGGUGAACAGUCGCCUGUGCUGCAAGGAAACACCAUCUUCUCGUCUGCGUCCUCGGAUUCCUACGACUCCGAUGGGGGAGAGGUGCUGCCGCUCGUUCCUUCAGCUGAUAACCACAACAACAACGCGAACGACACAACUCAUCCGCCGCCGAGGCAGAACAGCCUUAUGGGUAUAGGCGAGGAUGGAAAAUGGUUCCAGGCACUUGAUGAGCGGUACCUUUUGCCUAUAUUCUCCAACGCGACUGCGAGCCGGACGUUCCAUGCGCGCCGCGCGCGGCGGAAUGCGUCGGGGCUUGCCGCGGGCGGGAAUAUGGCUACGCCAGGAGAAAGCGAGGACGAGGUGGAUCUGGGGCAGGAUGUUCAUCUCGGUGGUAGGCAAGGUGGUGUUGGUGCUGGUGGAGCAGGGCAGUCGAAUUCUAGGACGAUGUCGGUGGAUGAUAGUCGAAUGGAGCGGGGGCUUCCUAGUCCGGUUCUAAGAAACAACAACAGUAAUAAUUUCUCGGAGGGUAGGUUCUCUUGA